AUGCCUGUCUCAUCAACACAUCAGAAUGCUGAACAUCCUCUUAUCGCUUUGAUUGAUCAGACAACGCAGGAUCCUACUAGAAGACACCAACGUGUUGAAGCAAUCAGACCAAUCCUUCAGUACCAACACCAGCUCCGACUACAAAACAUGCCUCCGUCUCAUCACGCUUUCCUUCCGUCUUUCGUCAAUCCAGCACAAGUCGAGAUGCCACGAUCUAACCAGCCCCACGGCUCUGACCAGAGAAGGACAUCCUCUGCCCACUCUUCUAGUGCCAACACUGUUCAGGGAAUGGCUCCAACGCCCACAAUCUCUACCAAUGCAGGUUUUGCCUCCGCCCCAAACAUCGGACAGACUAGACCCCCUUCCUAUGCCUUUGGGCCCCACGCUAGCCAAUCCGUGUCUCCAACCUUCCUCUGCAACCCGAACUUCGACCACGCCGCGCCGGCUACACGCCCCGAGCUCGAACACAUGAUUGUCUCUGUCAACCGCCAAAAGAUCGUAAGCGACGACAUGGACUGGACCACUCAGUUCCCCCUGGAGGAUCUCAGAAGCUCGACCACAAGCAACAUCUCGAUCAAUCAGCUCUCGUACAGUCGUCUGGUUGGCGAGAUCUCCGAGAAAAUUCGCAGCAAUGUUGAGUCGGAAGGUCUAUCUGUCGUUUGGGUCAUGUCGAACAUCAACCAAUUGGGUAUAAUUCGCGACAACGGCUCGCUGAGAGCAGCUGUCUUAGACCACCAGCAUGCUUGCAAGCAUAUCAUCCAGCUGUACGUUGUUAGAGAGAAAGCCGAGGGUACUGUUCUUCCCGAGUCUCAGAUCAUCUCUUCGAAGACUUUUAUCCUGCCCAAGGCUCCGCCUGUCCCCGAUGGUCUUCUCAGUCCCGAGCCUAACCAGCAGGAGGACACACCCAGACCUCCAUCUACCUCCAGCUUCGGCAAAUCCUUCGGUCGUUGA